UUACAACGCCUUUUAUUAAUUUGUGUGGUGAUUUUUUUUGUUCAUCCUGCAUCCAAGAGAAGGAAUGCCAAGUGACUGUCGAGACUGUUUGGGAAUUCGUUUUCGAAUUAAUACCCUACACCAGACCUGGAAGUGGCUGCAUCAGACCAUCGCUCUACACGAGUAUCUGAUCUCCCUCUCAUCAGCUGAUACAGACGCUUGUUGCUCUAUGCAUUAAAGUGUUGGACUCUUUU